AUGCACACGAACAAGGUGAGAGACAAGAUCAUGAUAACGAUGCAGGCAGGCGGCGGCCGCGACGGAGGCCGGGCGGGAGUGGUGCGCGGCUCCCUCGCGUCUCACAACACUACACUCAACGGCUUGUCCUGUGUGUCUGAGGAGCUGAUGGUUACUGAGCUGAUACCAAAAUCCAGACACGGCCCUGCACCGCCCCUUGAGACUGGCACUAGCCCACAGACACCUGGCACUGCCCCACCGCUACCUGUACCACCUGAUACCAGCCCACUGUCACCUUUACCAUCUGACACUUUCCUAACGCCCCUUGCACCACCUGGCACUCACACACCACCUCCUGUACCACCUGGCAUUGACUCAGCCGCCCCUGCACCACCAGACAUUGCCCCACCACUUCCUGCUUCACCUGGCAUUAACACACCGCCAGCUGGCACUACCCAUCCACUUCCUGCACCAUCCAGCACUGAUCCAGCGGCCUCUGCACCACCUGGCACUAACCCAGCGGCCCCUGCACCACCUGGCACUGAUCCUCCACCUCCUGUACCACCUGGCACUAAUCCACUGCCACCAGCUACUUACCUACCACUUCACCACCUGGCACUGCCCCACGGCCCUGUACCACCUGGCACCGCCAUCUUUACCAUCUGGCACUAA